AUGGAUAAUAAGCUAAACGCUGCCCCGGUCUGCGAGGCAAUAACUCCGACGCUGAGCCGGGCUGAUCCAGAAACCGUUCAUAUUCAGCCCUCGCCUAUUAAAUCCUUCUGUAGCGCUCUAGUCCAUAUUUUUUCGGACAAACCCUCGCUGACGCCAAUUUGCUAUAUUCUUAUGGAAGUGGCGAGUGACGAUGCAUCAUCCAGCAUCAUUUUCGACGAUCAUGGAAAAGACCGUAGUAGUCCGCUACACGUUGCCUGUAGAGCCGGAAAUGAGCAAAUUGUGUGGAUAUUACUGGAAAAGGGAGCAGAUGUUAAUGCUCUGGAUGAAUGGCGUAACAGUGCUUUGCAAGUGGCGCUGGACUCCGGAUACGACAAUAUCGCGGAGAUGCUGCGGCAGAAUGGAGCGGAUGACGGGGACUUGCGUGAUUGGUCUCUGAUAUGA